AUGUUGAACAAGAAACAGUCGCACAUCCCAGAUCCAGUCUCUACUGAAGCUGAAUCGAGAUCUGCAAAUCAAAUUGAAUCUCCGGCUGCCGUGGGGGUUUCCAAUCCGACUCCGGCUCGUCCUUCGUGGAGAGAAAUUGACAACUGCCCACGGUUGAAAAGGCUAAGUGAACCUGCAUCCACACAAGUCUUACCUGUUCAAACUGAGGUUCCUGUACUUGUUGAACAAUCUGGUAAAAAGAAACAAAAGAAGAAGAAGGUUAAGAAGCAGGUUGGUGAACCUACUAGUGCUAAGACAAGAACAGAUUACUUGCUGCCCCAGGAAGGUAUUGUUCUGAAAACUCCUAAGCACUAUAGUAAGAAGAAGUCUUCAUUCAAAGGCAAGGGAAAGGAGAUUCAGGCUGUCUCCUCCUCCCCUGGUUCGGACUUGGGAUCGUCUUCUUCGUCAUCGUCCUCAGAACAUCAUGAUGACUCGGAUUCUGACUCCUCUUCUGAUGGAAAUACGCAGCAAGUAGACAACUCUCAGUUCACUAAAGUUCUCACAAAAAAGGAGAGGCAGCAGGAAAAGCGCAGCUUGGGCUCUCGCUCCAAGCAUAACAAUCGCAGUAAUGAGUGUGGACUCAUUUUUUUGGAAUAUUAG